AUGGGCACUCCGGUCGGUCAGCUGUCCGGCAUCGAGGGGCGAGGGGCGGCCUCGCAGCCGCUCCCGAGGGCGGGCGGGAGGCGGCCGGACCCCCUGAGCCCAGGGCGCCCGCGCUCCCAGCGGAGCCGGGGCUCCGACCUGGACCGGCUCCGCGCGCGUCGUCGAGCCGGCACUCCCCGGGCGCGGGGGGCCAGCGUGGAGCAGGGCCGGGGCUCGAACCGGCCCGGGCGGUCCCGGGCUCUUUGUCCCCCGCCCCCUCCCGGGAGCAGUUCUCCUCCUCGCGGCCCCGGCGCUCGCCGAGCACAGGAUCCAGACUUUCCUGGAAGUUGUUUAUGGAGUUGGGCGCUCUCACCCCGGCCCUUCCCCCUUGCGCUCUGCAGCUCGCGCAGGCUCACUCUCCCCCGAAACGCAGCCAGUACCGACGCGGGCACCGCCGGGGCGCUCACUCCGCAGCACGUGCGGGCUCACUCGUCCCCCGCGUCCCUGCAGCUGGGGGCCGUGUCUCCGGGGACGCUGACCCCCACGGGAGUGGUCCCCGGCCCGGCCGCCGCACCGGCCGCUCAGCACCUUCGACAGUCUUCCUUUGAGAUCCCUGACGAUGUGCCUCUGCCAGCCGGCUGGGAGAUGGCGAAGACAUCUUCCGGUCAGAGGUACUUCUUAAAUCACAUAGAUCAGACGACGACCUGGCAGGACCCCAGGAAGGCCAUGCUCUCCCAGAUGAGCGUCGCCGCCCCGACCAGCCCGCCAGUGCAGCAGAACAUGAUGAAUUCGGCCUCGGGUCCUCUUCCUGAUGGAUGGGAACAAGCCAUGACUCAGGAUGGAGAAAUAUACUAUAUAAACCACAAGAACAAGACCACCUCUUGGCUAGACCCCAGGCUUGACCCUCGUUUUGCCAUGAACCAGAGAAUCAGUCAGAGUGCUCCAGUGAAACAGCCGCCCCCGCUGGCCCCCCAGAGCCCGCAGGGCGGCGUCCUGGGUGGCGGCAGCUCCAACCAGCAGCAGCAGAUGCGGCUGCAGCAGCUGCAGAUGGAGAAGGAGAGGCUGCGCCUGAAGCAGCAAGAACUGCUUCGGCAGGCAAUGCGGAAUAUCAAUCCCAGCACAGCCAAUUCUCCAAAAUGUCAGGAAUUAGCUCUCCGUAGCCAGUUACCAACACUGGAGCAGGAUGGUGGGACUCAAAAUCCAGUAUCUUCUCCUGGGAUGUCUCAGGAAUUGAGAACCAUGACGACCAAUAGCUCAGAUCCCUUUCUUAACAGUGGCACCUACCACUCUCGCGACGAGAGCACAGACAGCGGGCUAAGUAUGAGCAGCUACAGCGUCCCUCGGACCCCCGACGACUUCCUGAACAGCGUUGAUGAGAUGGACACAGGUGACACUAUCAACCAAAGCACCCUGCCCUCCCAGCAGAACCGUUUCCCAGACUAUCUUGAAGCCAUUCCUGGGACAAACGUGGACCUCGGAACCCUGGAGGGAGAUGGGAUGAACAUAGAAGGGGAGGAGCUGAUGCCGAGCCUGCAAGAAGCUUUGAGCUCCGACAUCCUCAAUGACAUGGAGUCUGUUUUGGCCGCCACCAAGCUAGAUAAAGAAAGCUUUCUUACAUGGUUAUAGAGCCCUCAGGUAGACUGAAUUCUAAAUCUGUGAAGGAUCUAAGGAGAUUAAGACCUAUACCUGAAAUUUCCAGUUAAGCCAGGGGCAGUCUUCUGGCUAAUACAGAAAAAGAUGAACAAACGUCCAGCAGGAUUCUUUCAUCCACUAUUUUGCUCUUCCUUGUCCAUUGCUGCUGUUAAUAUAUUGCUGACCUCUUCCAUAGUUGGCUCUAAGGAAUCAAAAAAACUGUUUUGUUUCUUUUGCUAUUAUAACUACUGUUUGUUUUGGGGGCUGGGGGAAGUGAGCCUGUUUGGAUGAUGGAUGCCAUUCCUUUUGCCCAGUUAGAUGUUCACCAAUCAUUUUAACUGAACACUCAGACUUGGAAGUCAAAUGCUUCAUGUCAUAGCAUUUAGUUUGUUCAAGCAGUUUUUCUUCAGCUGCCUUUGGCCAGUGGAAAAACAUGACUUACUGGUCUAACAAGCCAAAAAUGUUGUAUCUGAUGUUUAGUACUUAGACUGAUUUGAAAAGCUAGCUGAAA